AUGGCUAUCAAUGACGGUGGAAAUGACAGUGAACUUCCUGGCGAUAUGGCUGCACCCAUUACCGCCGCGGAACAAUUCACUCAGUUUCGCGAACCGCUUCCUGAAGCUUCUGGAUCGACUAUUGGUGAACCCUCUCGUCCUGCUAGUCCUGUAAUUCAGGAAGCUACUGCAAGACCACCUCCGCCCCCUCCGCCGACAAUACCUUCGCGGGAUCCUGUACCACCAACUCAUUACUAUGCUGUUCCGCCGCCUCGACCAAUAUAUCAAAUGAUAUACAGCGCGAUGCCAGCCCCAGGAUCCCAGGGGGCCCCUGCUUUCAAUGAAACCAAUGCAUCUGAUUUCCUGAGAAAGCUAGAGGAUACCUGUCGUCGCAGUGGUAUUGUCCGUCAUAAGGAAAUUAUGGAUCUCCUCCCCCAAUACUGCGAAAGACCGCCGCGUGUCUGGGUUGAAGGUCAUUAUGCCUGGAAAACGAGGAAUUGGCGCAUGUUUCGUGAGGCCUUCUUGGACAAUUACCAUGACUGGGAUGAUGAGCAGUUGAGGUAUACCAAGGAAUAUCUCGACCAGCUUGUUGCCAUUGAACGUUCGACAAAUGAUGAGAUUCGUCAUUAUCUGAGCGAGUUUCAUGAAGUAUCCACGGAAAUAUCGUUGCUGGGUCUUCUGAGUGAUAUUGACCGAGCAAGCACGCUUAUCAAGGGUCUUCCAAUAAAAUGGCAGAAAAGGAUUCAUAAGCGACAUGCAGAGAGGUCUCGUUCUCGCCGUGAUCAGAUCUCCUACCAGACGGCCUAUGAACAGGUGCAAGCAACCCUGCGCGUUGAGGCUGAAGUUCAGCGAAAGACCGAGAUAAAAGAACCUGCAAGGAAAUCGUCUCCUUCUCCCCAUGUAUCUUCGUCACUGCAGCAGCAGUCUGUUUCUUCUGUUCCUCUCGUACCUGCUAUCCCGGUUGUUCUACCCAAGGAUCGACAAGCUGAUGACUCUACCUCGCGAGCAAUUGACGAUGUAGCCCGGAAACUGGAAGCUCUUGCGCUGAAACUGGAUGCUAGGUCUGAUCGCCGGAAUAACCCUUUUUAUGAACAAAACCGAGGUAUACCGUCGAAUGGCAUGGGGGUCGGUCCUCCUAGGGAAUGCUGGACAUGUGGAGGUCCACACAACAGCACCCCCGAUCAAUGUGAUUCUAUCCGGGACUUCGAGGCAAAGGGAAUGAUCCACCGGAAUGAGAUAACUGGUCGAACGACUCUCAGGAACCAAGUACAGUUCCUAGGCGCGUCUCUCAAUGGUAUCUCUGGUCAUGACUAUUAUUCUGCUCCGGUUCGAUAUGUUGCUGCGUCCCUUCUUGGAUCUGAGCCUGCAUGGGAAAAACUGUCAGAGGAUGAGGAAGAAUAUGGAGAGGAAUAUUGGACAGGUCCAGUUAAUGCUAUCGGAGGACAGGUCCAGGAUGGUCGUGUGAGAAAGGGAAAACAGCGCGCGUCUGAAUACGCGCGUACCAGGAAUGCUCAGCAAGGCCGUUUUCAACCGCGUAUUGAGGAGGCUAAUGAGGAUGAACCAAUGCUUGUACCAGAUGACACCCAGGGAACUUCUCAGGAACAAACGCUGCAAGGUUUUCCGGCAGGAAACCCAUCUCCGAAUGACAUUCCGCGUCGGGUCAGAGGACCGCAGGAUCCUGCUGUGGCUGAGAAAAGGUCCAUGAUUACCGACCUGAUACUGCGGAAGGUUUGGGAAACUAGCGUUACGAUCUCUAUUGGUGAACUCCUUGGCGCUGCUCCUCGUAUUCGAGCUGGUGUCGGAAAAGAUAUCAGCACAGAUGCUAUAAGUCAGAAGCUUACCGAGGUCAUCAACCAAGUGCCCAUUAAUGCUACUGCUGCAGAUCUAUCUCAAUGCGUCGAUGCCCAGGUUCAGGAAUUGCAGAAGAGAGCUCGUUCCCAUUUUAUGUCGUCAGGUCCUAAUUAUGAUGCUUCAGUUCCUCCGGUUGUUAGUUCUUCAGUCAAUUUCCAAACUGCGCAGGUUAUCGAGGCCCCUAUAAAGUCACACCAGGAAUAUACGCGAGGGUUUAUGUAUGCAACGGCGGUUGUCGGCGACCAGAUUAUCAAGGCAUUGAUCGAUACAGGAAGUGCGGUCAACAUUAUCCAUCGAAAGGUGGUUAAGCGUAUGAGCGCGUUGCCCGAGAUGAGACUCAAGCCUCAUCUUCAGCUCACCCCAGUGGACGGAGGUCGUGGAAUCAGUGUUGCAGCAUGUCUUGAACAGUUGCCUAUCACCAUUAGCGGCGUUACGGUCAAUUCCCAUACUAUGGUGACGGAUAAUACCACGAAUGAGUUGCUUCUUGGCAGAUUGUGGGCAAGCAACGCAGGGUUGCGGACUGAGGAAAUGACAGAUGGCCGAGUCAUGUGCACCAUUUUUAAUGAAGGCCGUAAGCGAUACACUUCAUUCAUUGCUUAUCGUCCCAGUGAUGGCGGAUCUAUCUUCGAGAAUCAACUGUGGCCCCAGGACUCCGCUUCUUUAAACGACGAGCAGGUCGAAAACGACAAAACCAUACAAAAACAUGUUAAUCAUAUUGAGUUCUUCGCGGCACCGCCAGUCAGGGGUUUUCCUGCAGGAAAACCAUCUCCCAGUUACGCGCGGCAAUUACAUGCCGUUCAAGACCAACUGGUCGCCCAGGAAUAUCGUACUGGGUUCUCUCUCGAGAGCAUGACCGACACUCGACCGUUAUGGAAGAGUCGUCCUGAAUAUCCGUCUUACUAUCGAGCACCGGUCAAUACGCUCUAUAAAAGGAAGGCUGACAAAGUUCGUCCGGUAAAUUCAUCGGAAUCAGAUGGGACGAUCCCCGUCGGCCACCCUGAUUGGCAGCACGAAUGCCUCAAAAAGUACCAUACUCAGUAUCGCGCACCUGACAUUCGAACUGAAUUCGACCAUUUGCUCAAGCCUCGUAUUUCCGUGAUUGCGAGAGGUGCUCGUCUUACCCCAGAACGAGAGAUAACACUGCUAGUAGGAAAGGAUCUACUGCCACGUGAGAGAGCACUUUUUCGAGAACUUCUUUUCAAAAGAGAGGGAGUGCUAGCCUGGGAAUGGGAACAUGUUCAGAGGAUACACAACGAAGUAAUGCCUCCGCAACGCAUUAAAACCGUCUCCCAUGAAGCGUGGCAGCACCCCGGUUUUAAGAUCCCCCAUGCACUGAACGCUAUAGUCAUCGAAAUGCUGCGUGAUCGGCUACGCAAGGGCGUGCUCGAACCCUGUGAUGGACCGUAUCGGAACCCGUGGUUCCUUGUCGGCAAGAAGCAAACUGGCAAAUAUCGAAUGGUCAACGCAGCAAUGAUGAUCAACAAAGUGACAAAAAGAGAUGCCAACAUGCCUCCAAUAGCAGAUGAGUUUGCCGAAGAGUUUGCAGGAAUGGCGAUGGCUUCGUUAGUCGACCUCUUCUCCGGAUAUGAUCAAAUCGAACUGCAUAAGGAUGAUCGGGAUCUAACGGCUAUUCAAACUCCCCUCGGUCUGCUUCGCCAGACCACCAUUCUCCAAGGUGCAUCGAAUUCAGUCGCCCAGUUUCAACGAGUGAUCUCGGUCAUUCUGCAUAGUAUUUUCGGCACAAAGGCGCGUUCAUUUCUUGACGAUGUUGCCGUUAAGGGUCCGCGAACAACAUACAAUGACGAGUUUGUAGAAGAAGGGAUUCGCCGAUAUGUCCUAGAGCACGUUCAGAAUCUCGAUGAAGCGCUAUAUCUUUUGGAAUUAGCCGGAGCGGUCAUCUCAGCCGAAAAGUCCCAGUUUAUGAUGAAAGGAAUUGAAGUUGUCGGCUGGGUGUGUGACAUUAAUGGCCGACGACCCGACGAAGCGAAGGUUGCAAAGGUUACACAGUGGCCUACGCCUCGGUCGAAGGAUGAACUGCGUUCAUUUGUCGGCCUUGCUGUCUACUUUCGUAUCCUGAUUGAGAAAUUCCAGGUCAUCAUGAAGCCUCUCUAUGAGAUACUGCGAAAGAAUGCCCAUUUUAUGUGGAACGAAGUCCACCAGGUGGCGUUUACCGAGAUAAAGUCACGCCUUUCAGAGUUCCCCUCAGUCCUGCCUAUAGAUUACGACUUUAAUCCGUUUCUCAUGAUCGUUGCUGCAGAUGCUUCUAUAAAAGGAUGGGGUGGCGUGCUCAUGCAGGCUCGGAACGGUGUCCGCAAUCCUGCACGAUACGAGUCAGGGGUUUGGUCACAGGCUGAAUCGAAAUAUGACGCAGGAAAGCUAGAAUGCCGUGCUGUUUUGAUGGCUUUUAAGAAAUUUCGCCAUUGGCUAUAUGGGGUACACUUCGUCUUGGAGACUGAUGCUAAUACCUUGGUGGCUCAAUUGAAUCGCACUGCAACCGACCUCCCUGGUGCUCUUGUUACCCGCUGGAUUGCAUGGAUUCAGCUUUUUGAUUUUGAUGUCAAGCACGUUCCUGGCACUGGCAAUGGCGCUGCAGAUGCCCUAUCCCGCCGUCCACCAACUGAGGAAGAUCUACAUGAGAGAGACCAAGAACAGGAUAUUGAUGACUUUGUUGAUACGGAGGUCCUAUAUCUCCGAGCCAGUUGUUGUCCUGUCUCUGCUAAUGUUGAAAUUCCCGGUGAUCCUGUUAUCGAUGUGCUGCAUGAAGGAUACUCUUCUGAAUCGGAGCAAAUUGCAAGAUACCUGACAACCCUCCGAAGACCUGGCCGCAUGAGCCUGUCUGAAUUCUAUUCGUUCAAAAGAAAAUGCAUGAAGUUCGUCGUUCAAGAGCGUCAUUUGUUCCGACGUGUCAAAGGUAAUGCCGAAUUGCUCCGCAGGGUUCUAGACAAAAAAGAAGACCAACAAGCUGCGUUGAAAAGCACCCAUGAUGAUCUUGGCCAUAAAGGACGAGAAGCUACGUAUGCCUUGAUCAAACAUCGCUACUGGUGGUCUCGCGCGUACGAAGAUGUGUCAAAAUAUGUUAAGACAUGCUCAUUAUGCCAGGCCAGAGCUCCGAAUCGUCUGCAUGAACCUGCUAUUGUUACGCAACCGCUGUUGCUUUUCGAUAAAUGGUAUAUUGACACAACUCGAAUGCCUCCAGAAGACGGUGAACGUGUCGUUAUUCAAGCGAGAGACUCUGUCAGCGGAUGGCCAGAGGCGAGAGUAUUGCAUUCUGCGAAAACAGAGAGCGUCGUCCAAUUCAUCAAGGAAGAUAUCAUCAGUCGUCAUGGGAUUCCUCGGGAAAUAGUAAUUGACAUGGGACCUGAAAACCGUGGAGGAUUAACAGCCUUCUUGGAACGCGAGCAAAUAUCAAGAGUCAAGAUCUCCGCGUACCAUCCCGGUUCCAAUGGCCCUGUGGAACGUGCGAUGCGAACUAUGAAAGAUGCUCUCUCAAAGAUGACAGAAGGCUACCCUAUAGACAACGUUACUCGGCAAAUCAAGCGACCAUGGAGGCCCCAUUUCUAUUCUGUCCUGAUGGCGGAUCGUUUUACGGUUAAUGCCACCACUGGAAUGAGCCCGUUCUUCUUUCUGUAUGGGAAGGAUCCUAUUAUACCCAUUGAAUUACAGAUGUCUACCUGGAGCAUGCUGCCAUGGCAUGAGGUCCGAGACCGAAAGGAUUUACUAGCAAUGAGAGCGCGGCAAUUCGAAAAGCGGGACCAGGAUAUUGAAGAAGCAAUCCUGCGUAUGCGCCGUCUGAAAGAAGCAAAUGCGCACUUCUUCGACGAACAUCAUCUGCUUCGGAAUGACCGAUUUGCACAGGGUGAUCUUGUUCUCCUGCACAACACCAUUCGCAGCAUGGACUAUCAUUCAAGGACAAAACUACAAUUCCGUUGGUUGGGGCCUUAUCGGAUUCAUACGGUCAAAAGCGGUUCAUAUUUGCUGAGUGAACUCGAUGGUACGGUUUUAUACGAUCUGACCCAUCAGCCGGAGUCAUUCAAUGGCGAUCGAUUGAAGAAGUUCUAUUCUCGGAAGGAUCUAAAUGAUCAGGAAGAGGCUUCAUCCUUACCGCAGCGUAACCCAAAUGGACGUCCGAGAGGUCAACGAGGCCGAGGUAGUGGCCAAGGUCGACAGCAACAUGAAGGAUGGAUUGAGACACCA